UCCAGCACAGGAGCGAGCAUUCAGCCAGUCAGUGAGUGCGCAAAGAGAAACCACUGGCGAGACUUUCCAUACGGCGGCAUCGGACCGAACUGUCUGUAAGAAAAAUAAAAAAAUAAAAAAAGAACAACGGGAGCCAGUAAUGUGGUGACGGCAGACGGAGGGAAGCACCAAACUGAGCCCGAGGACCGUGAAGGGAAACAGGCGAGCUAAGGGAGCUGUCAGGGAGGUUUUUUUUGUUUCUUUUUUUUUUAAACUCAGCGGCUCCGCCGGCUCGGCUCCCCGGUCACAGACCACAGGAACCCGCUCUCUCUCUACCCGCCCGCCUGGCUGGCUGGCUGGCUGGUUGGCUUUAGCUAACCCUGCUAGCAUCUCGGCUAACCCCCACCGCCGCUCCUCGCGUCUCCUCUCACCGUGGGAAACUGCAACUGUCCCGGCUGUCAGUGUCACACCGUCCUCCUGUAAACUUCAAACAAUGUGCUGCUCCUGUCCGAAAGACUUUUUACGCCCAAGGGACGAUUUAACGCACACUUCGCCAAGCGACCAGUGAUAGCUGAGCUGCGGUCCAAGCUAACAAGUUGACGUGGAAGAGGAACUCUAUUUUUUUAAACUGUUUUCCAAGCUGUGAUUUCACCAGGAUUACUUUCCCCCUCUGCCCAGCCCGAGUUGGACUCGACUUUUUGGUGACUCCGGGUUACAAAGCAGCCAGUUAGCUAUGUUUAUUUGUGGCCAGAAAGUAAUUUCAAGUGUUUGCGGAUUCCACAGUGGGACUCUCUCUUGGUUCGAGUACUGCAACGGAAACAUUAGCUAACACAGACUGGCUCGUGUUGUGUUUACUGCAUAAAUAGAUAGAUAGACGGAACAAACAGUUGCCAAACAUUUUUUUGUUUCAUUUUUAAAUUUAGAUUGUAGUUAAACAGAUUGUUCUUGUACCUGUCGUGAGCUGACAUUGCUGCACAGGUUGUGUGGAAGACAGUGUGUGUCUGAGUGUGUGUGCGAUCCCUGCUCUCUGUUACCUCCACUUGACUGUGAAGUCACGUUGAGUUGAUCCAUUGAUCGGAUCGUUAUUGUACUAUUUUCGCUGAUUGAAGGGGGGAAAAGAAAAAAGUCGGUGCGAUGUCGGGCCAAUCUAUCACGGAUCGGAUCACAGCAGCUCAGCACAGCAUGACCGGGUCGGCUAUCAGCAAGGCUGUGUGCAAAGCCACCACGCAUGAAGUGAGCGGACCGAAGAAGAAGCACCUUGACUAUCUGAUCCACUGCACCAAUGAGAUGAACGUGAACAUUCCCCAGCUGGCGGACACGCUGUUUGAGCGCACAGCCAACUCCAGCUGGGUGGUGGUCUUCAAAGCUCUUAUCACCACCCACCACCUCAUGAUGUACGGCAACGAGCGUUUCAUCCAGUACCUGGCCUCCAGAAACACUCUGUUUAACCUGAACAACUUCCUGGAUAAGGGAGCUCUGCAAGGUUAUGACAUGUCAACCUUCAUCAGGCGAUACAGUCGCUACCUGAAUGAGAAGGCCAUGUCCUACAGACUGGUGGCUGUGGAUUUCACCAAGAUGAAAAGAGGUAUUGACGGCGUGAUGCGCACCAUGAACACAGAGAAGCUGAUCAAGACGCUGCCCAUCAUCCAGAACCAGCUGGACGCUCUGCUGGAUUUCCAGGCCAACCCUAAUGAGCUGACCAACGGUGUGAUCAACUCAGCCUUCAUGCUGCUCUUCAAGGACUCCAUAAGGCUGUUUGCUGCUUACAAUGAAGGGGUCAUCAACCUAUUGGAGAAAUACUUUGACAUGAAGAAGAACCAGUGUAAAGAUGCCCUGGACAUCUACAAGAAGUUUCUUUACAGGAUGACGAAGCUCUCAGAGUUCCUCAAAGUGGCAGAGCAAGUUGGAAUAGAUCAGGGUGACAUCCCAGAUCUCUCACAGAAAACAAAAGGAUCAUACAUUGCUCCCAGCAGCCUGCUGGAGGCUUUGGAGCAGCACCUUGCCUCUCUGGAGGGCAAGAAGACCAAGGAGCUGAAUGCAGACACCAGAGCAUCCACCCUGUCGAACGCCGUCUCGUCUCUCUCCUCCACCGGCAUGUCCUUCAGCCGCAUGGAUGAGAAGGAGAAGCAGCAGGCUUUGGAGGAGGAACAGGCCAGAUUGCAGGCGCUCAAGGACCAGCGCCUGAAGGAGAUCAGCAUGCAGACUCCACCCUCGGCCUCCCCCAGCAGCCAGUCGAUAGGCAGCGCCAACAACAACAACCACGUCACGCAGACCCCGGAGUUUUUCAGCUCCACGCUGUCCACCAACAGUGUGCCCAAUCUGAACAGUGACCUGUUUGAUCUUCAGCCGGCCUUCAUCCCUGCUGUGCAGAGCACUCCUUCCAUCUCCAACGCCAAUAGUGCCUGGGGAGGACUGGACAGCCAACCUCUGCAGCAGAGCGGCCCCGCCAUGACCGUAGAUUUCGAUGCUGUGUUUGGGAAUAAGGCCACAGCCAGUAACAACGGCCCGCAGCCUGCAGCCGGUUUUGAUGCUCUCGGAGACCUGUUAAAGCCUACAGUUCCCACACACACCGCACCUCCUCCACCUCCCCCUCAAGUGGCCAUCCAUCCUGGAGGAAAGCUGCUAGCCAACGACCUCGACUCGUCUCUGGCCAACCUCGUGGGCAAUCUGCAGUUUGGUGGGACCCCAGCCAAAAAGCCAGAUAUGCAGUGGAACCAACCUGGAGAGAAGAAGCUGACGGGCGGCCAGAACUGGCAAAAUAAGACCAUGUCGACCACACAGUGGAGCCCAGCACCCAUGGCCCCACAGCCCAUGCCUGUACAACAUGUGAAUGGAAUGUUCUAUACUAGUUAUGCUCCAGCUCCCAUGGCUUUCCCCAUGACCACACCGCAAGUGCCUGUGUAUGGAAUGGUUCCUCCCCAGAUGGGUCAGAUGGGUGGGGUACCUGUGAUGGCUCCUCAGCCAAUGAUGUACAACCAGCCUGUUCUAAGACCCACUAACCCCUUCGCACCCAUGCCCGGAGCCCAGAUGCAGUUUAUGUAAUCCAGUCAGGAGGGGAAGCAGAGUGCCAAAAGCGACAAACAUACAAACAAACAAACAAACAAACAGCAUAAACAAACACAAGAGGACGAUGAGAUGGACGGAAGGAUGAUUUGCUCAAGCUGAAACGACAGACUGACACAAGAUAACCGGGCUGACACCAAAAGCCAAGUUGGAAAGAGGAAGAGAAGAUGACGAAAAGGAUGGCCUGAGCGACGGCAGGGAUUCGAUGGGGAAGAUGUUAUCCUGGCUGGUCGUUGUCUGAAACAACUCUUUGCACGUGUGUGUGUGUGUGUGUGUGUGUGUGUGUGUGUGUGUGUAGCUUCUCUCUGUUUGUCUGAUUUGUGUUCCUAUCGAUGGAGUGAUGUUUCAGGAGAGGGAAUAAGGACGAGAGAGAACGACGGGGAGGAGGGAAGAGGGGAUUCAGGAAAUCCUACCUCUGGUUUUCAGUCAGGCUAAAUGUAUCUGACUGCUGUGAGAGUCUCUGCUGCAGAAUUAGCUUUAUUUCAUACUGGUGCUAUUUUGUCCUCUGUGGGUCACUGCUCGCCUGCAACGGCAACUUUGGAGCACUUACAAGAGGACAAGUGUUUGUUUUAUUGUGUGUGCGUGUGUGUGUGCGGGUGUGCUCAGCAGUUGUUUCAGACAAUACCUUUGCCACGGACCUCCUCUCCAUCCCCACCCUCGCUCCCUGUCUGCGUCCACAACCGUCCACUUAGCAAGAGAUUUAGUGGCAAAUCCUCUUCGGUGUGUUUCCUGUAAUUUUCCGCUUUGUUGGGAUAUAUUUGUAUUUUUCUGUCAGUUUUUCUUCGCCAACUUCUCCUGAAUGUUAUCGGGGCUUGUACAGCGAUUUGUUGAAGCAUUUGUUAAUAGUAAUUGAGCGUUUGUUGUUAAGGGUUUUGAGCUAAAGUCUUUGUUACUCAUACAGCAUUGUUUUUCUCCACGUAAUGCUACAGAUACACACAGAAAGAUGGGAGCUAGCAGGCACAACAUGCUAGCACUGUAUGAAAUUAUGUUUUAAGGCCUAGUCACACCAGAAAGUGACACAGCAAAACUAAGCUAAUAGCAGUUAGCUAGUUAGAUAGUAAUUUGGUAGUUUGGGGUUUUUUGUUAUUAUCCUUUGUUUUUCUAGUGGGUAGUUUAUUUUUUCUGAAUAUUAUUAUAGAAAUUUAGUUUAAUAAAUUAAAUACAUUGAUUAAAGAGAUUAAUUAAAGAGAUCUGUUAGACAGUAAACUAAAGGUUUACUGAAAAUA